AGAGAAACAUUGGCCGAGCUUUAUAUUAUGGCAUUUCACUACUCUUAUCCUAUCGAGAGAGAGAGAGAGAGAGAGAGAGAGAGAGACUCCGUGGUUGAGCAAAAGGAAAGUACUGAUGGCGACCAGUUCGCUCUCUGUUCUUCCUCAUGGCUAUCGCCGUCACUCCCAUGGCGUCUUCCUUCUCUUGUUGUUUCUCUGGCAGCAGCAGCUUCUCUGGAGCUCCGCCGGGGCGACACAAUUGAAUCACAGCCUUAUAGAUCAGCUGAACAUUUCCAUCCCUGCGCUCUUCGUCUUCGGUGACUCGACAGUGGAUCCAGGCAACAACAACUACCUGCCGACGGCAUUCAAGGGCAACUUCCCACCUUACGGGUUGAGUUUCAGCAAUCACAUCCCAAGUGGGAGGUUUACUGAUGGAAAACUUGCCACCGAUUUUCUUGUUUCCUACUUGGGGAUCAAAGAACUUGUGCCCCCUUACUUGGAUUUCACACUUGGUGUGCAUGAUUUGCUGACUGGAGUUAGCUUCGCAUCUGCUGGUUCUGGCUACGACCCAUUGACAGCCCAAAGCACUAGUGUGCUUCCAGUAAAUCAGCAGCUGAACUAUAUGAAAGACUGCUUGGCUAGAAUGGAGAGUGCGGUUGGGAAGGCAAGAGCUGCCAAGAUCAUGGAAGAAUCCAUUUUCUUAGUAAGUGCAGGAACAAAUGAUUUCGUCAUCAGCUACUUCCUUUUUCCCUUAAGGAGGCGUACGUUCAACCUAGAACAAUACCAACUGUUCAUAAUAGAUCAACUCCAAGUCUUCAUUAAGGGGCUAUAUGAUCUGGGAGCGAGAAGAAUUUUAUUUGCAGGGCUUCCUCCACUCGGCUGUUUGCCCAUAGAGAUGACCAUCAAUUUUGCAAAUGCAGUACUCAGACAAUGCAUUGACAGUCUAAAUUUGGUGGCUGUCAGUUACAACUCGAAGCUCCAGCAUAUGCUAAACAAGGUGAAGGAAAGCGAGUUAAAGGAUGCAAAUAUUGUCUAUGCAGACAUCUAUGAGCCUUUGCUAGAUGCCAUAAAGAACCCAAAUAAAUACGGUUUUAAGCAGACCAACGUAGGUUGCUGCGGAACAGGCCUGUUGGAAUUUGGCCUUUUAUGUAACCCCAAUACACUUGUCUGUGCUGAUCCAUCAACAUAUGUAUUCUGGGAUGCAAUUCACCCCACACAGAGGACCUACUCUUUGAUUGCUGAUGCACUCAUCCAGCGAGUCCUUCAUCUGAUCUUAUGAUAUAGAUCUGCAUUUCAUCUUAAUUGUCUAAAGUUCACUGUCGCUAGCAGCAGAAUAGGAAUAUUUCAUGAAAAAGACAAGAAAAAUCAUUGGGGUAGGAGACUGCUUUUCAGGAGUCAUCACUACAAUUUUCAUGUUGCAGCCGAAGAAAGAGAUGAUCAACAGCCAGCCACUUAGCAUAUUGAUACUGACACAGGAAAUUUGUACUAGCUGCAAUGAAUUAAGAUGUUAUUUCAUCAGCACAAUUGCAAACUUGACAUUUCAAAAUAACGUGAAGGCUCAAUUACGCUUUCCUUAUGAAUUUCAAAGUACUUAAUCACAAAGUUGUUGGCAUCACCAAAU